AUGUUUUUAGGUGUGGGAGGCAAAAAUAGCUCUGUGAGAAAGCCCCUCUCCGCAUGGCUCUGUCAAUCACAGGCCAAAACAAGAUGGCAGGCUGCGGGAGUUGGGUCUUCUUUUCAACAGGCAAGUUUAUUCCUGAAAUUAUUCAACUUGACGUCACAUGACAACACUGGGAAGCCUGCUUUAGUAUCAGUUUGUGCUGUCACUUUGCUUGGGGCCAAUGCGGAGAUCAAAUUUACCAUUCCUGUGGGGAAGUUUUUUACAUAUGAACUGUUGAGAGAGACCUUCCAGAAUGACUUUGAGCCUUUGUCAAAGCUCUACGCUGGACGCUUGUACGAUGACCCCAUGAUUUUUAAGUGCAACCGGCAGAAUUUCCCUGACCUUCCAGAGUGGCUGCGCUUCACCCAAAGGCACCCUUAUGAUAAUGGCUUCCUGUACGGCACGCCAACAUCUCCAGGAAAAAGUAUAAUUGAGGUCUACGCCAUCAACAAACGCAGCUACGAGACAGCCAGACACACACUCGUAAUCAAAGUCACUGCAGAGACCAUUCUGCCCUAUCAAGCUGAGUUCUUCAUCAAGCUGAGGGAGAUUGAGAAAGUGCUGCCCUCUACUGUCCAGGAUGAGAUAAAGCAGGAUUUACAGAAGCUGUGGGACAACGAGGACUUGGAAAUAGUCAACAUUACCAACGCCCUCGACCGCGGCGGCAGAGUUCCCCUCCCUCUUGCAGGACACUUUGAAGGCGUGUAUGUGAAGGUGGGCUCCGAGCAGUACUUCUCAGACUGUCUAAUGAGGGUGCUGACACCAGAGCACCAGAAGCAGUGCACAGCAGGGGCCAAAGUCAAGGUCCCUGGAGGCUGCAACUUCUGCAGCAUUCCCAGCAACUGUAUCACCUGGUGCAAGACGGAGCUGUUUGAUCUGACAAAGCAGGAGCCGGCACCACCUGCCCCCACUAUGGGGUCUGGGAUUCUGGGGGCCAGGGGCGACUUCGAGCCUCCCGAGUCUCCCCCGAGCAGAGACCUUUUCCCGGACUACAUUGUGACGGUGAUCGUGCCCCUGAUCCUCGCCAUCAUCCUGUCUCUCCUGCUGGCCUACGUCAUGUUUUGCAGACGAGAGGGAGUUGACAAAAGGAAUGCAAGAACAAACCAGAUUCAGCUGUACCACCACCACACCAUCCAUGGGAACACAGAUGAGCUGAGGAACAUGGCCGCACACCGUGGCGUUCCUCCACCUCUGUCCACGCUGCCCAUGUUCAACAGCCGAACUGGGGACGGGGCUCCACCUCUGCAGUCUGACAGCCCCAGCAUCCCCCUCAUCAUGGCCCAGCACGACCCUUACAGCGACACGCUGCCCAGGAAGUGAGAACAAAGACGGAUAAAGUGUCCUUGAUGCGAGUACUUUGCUGCUGUGUUUCUAUAUUUGCAGUGGGAAAUUCUGUUUUCUUUUCUCCUCUUUCUAGGUGCCAUUAAAAUACAUUAAUAGUGUGUACUUUGUCAAACUGUCAAAUUGCUGGUUCUGGUUUUCUGUAUGUUGCCAUCUUUCACUACUAAUAAAACAAAAUAUCAAAAA